AUGAUUCGCAUCCAGCGUCUCGCGGCUCGCAGAGGGUCACUCCAGUGUGCCACGGCGGCGCUUCGUCUGCCUCUCACGCGGCGUGUUGUGCGGGGCAGCAGCUCCUCGGCGGGCGCUGUUCUUUUUGCCGUGCGGUGCGUGCAGUACGAGCAGACCUCCGCCACGCUGCGUGGAAUCAACAAAAAGAACCGCGCUGGUGCGACCCCGUGGAUUACGAAGAGCACGAAGGACUACAUAAGUGAGGCCGACACACAGGUGGCAUCCGUCAACCCACUCAAGGACAAACUCCGACGGGACUCGCAGCAGCGCAAGGACCGCUUCGUCCGCGUCGCAGAGGAGACGGACCGCAUCUUCGAUGCCGAGAUGGACCGGAUGCGGGACUACAACGUGCGGCGGUGGCGAAAGGGGAUUGAGUUCUUCAAACGACAGGGCGUUGGCUUUACCGUUCUGUAUAUCGCCGUCUACUUGGCGUGCCUUGGUGCGUUGUAUAUUGGAUUUUCAACGGGGUUGCUCAAGAAGGAAGCUGCGUAUGAGUUUAUGUUCUUUUUCCUUGGGGGAUACAUUGACAGGGAGCGGUUUUACAUGCGUGUGGAGGCGUGGGGUACGUGUAUUGACUUUGGCUUUGCGUUUGUGAUCAACGAGAUGCUGGAGAUAUUCCGCUUCCCCUUCAUGCUCUACACCUUCUACACAUUCCGGCCGUACUUGACGGGCGUGAACAGGCGCGUGAAGAAGUCCAUCUUUCGCUGGAAUGCCGCCGAGUCGUGA